GAAAAGGGCGCUGCGCUUUGGCACUGGGUGACUGCGGAUCCUUACGGAAUGCCGUGACGAUCAAGCAUCAAGAACUAGUCCGCAUGCAGGGUCAGGUCACAGAGCUUGCGGAGAACAUGAGGCAGAAAGAUCUCAUGAUCGAGGACCUGGAGCAGAUGGCCGGAUCUUCCAACAGAGCGCAGCAAUGGACAAAAGAACGACUAGAGAUAACGGAGAUCAUGAUUCAGAGAGAUGAUGCGAUCUUGAAGAACGGUAUUUACGUCGAGUUGCAGGAGGCGAACAAGAAGCUUGGUGAACUCAAUGCGCAGCGUGGUGGAUCGAUGGAAUUAGUGCAAUCUGCGCCCCCUCCACCUCACGUGACUCAUGCCAUUCCUCAACCCAGUGGCAUGAAAGCGAUCUACAGAUUGCCGAAAGCUCCUGCAUUGACGACAUCAGUGAACAACAUGAUGAACACGAACCAGAUGGGCGAACUAUACGAAGAGAUGAGGGAAUACAAGCCGUGGCUACGGCAGAUUGAGGAAGGUCAAGAGUCCAUCAAAGGCGCUGAUGAGAACAUGGGCAAGUUCGAGCCUGUCCCGGACAACCCUCCUGGGAUCUGGGACCAACAUGAUGGAUCAGUUGUGGGCAAGGCAUCAGGUGACGGACAGAUCACGAGGAUUUCCCGACGAGAACACGAAAAGGUAGUCGUGAAACCAUGGCCAAGAUGUCACGACUUGGAUGUCUGGCAUUCGGGUGCGGUCCAUGCAGUUUGUGUCGCGCCUGGCGGUCCUGACAGACAAGCCUGCAAAAUUGGUUGGAUCCAGCUCAGAAGUCUCAUCCUGACUGUGACUAUGAAUUACUUGCAGAUUCGGGAGAUUUCCGAUUCCAAUCCAUUGGCUCCAAGCUGCCGAUCGCGCUUCAGAACAUGGUCGCGAACGCUGGUGAAGUGGCCUCGGAAGUCAAGAUAUACGAAUCAGGCAGAGAAGUCAGGAGCUCGGAACGAAGGGAAAUUUGAAGGAUCCGCAGCGCUGAAUGUGGACCUCGUCAUCUUCAAAGGUCGAGAGGAGGAGGGUGAUAAGAAGACUUACAAGGAGCUGUUGGACAUUAUGAAACGGCACAUUGCAAGGGUUCGAGAAGACAAGAGCAUGGCACCACCGACUACACGACCCUUGGAAAACCGAGCGCUCCAGCUCCGAAGCCUGCUGCUCCAGCACCUGACAAGGGUGAUGACAAGAACUCUGGUGGCAGGGCAGACAAGCCUGCCGAGAUACAUGCAAGUUCAAGCACGACCCAAAGAUGAAGGGAAAGGAAGCAGCACCUUCAACGCCAAAAAGGUGAGAAUGAAGAGCGACGAGGAUCUUGAAGAGGACCUCAGGGCCGAACUAUUUGAGGUCGGAGAUUUGAUCCCCUACGUCUACCUGCGUCACGAGGAAUGUCGUCCAAUUACAGACAAGGAAGCCAAGAUGGUAGCCAAGAUUCUGGGUCUCAUGAAGGCCAAGAAGAAGAAGAAGCUCAAGUCAUCCGACACAGCCAAGAAGAUCGAGAACCAAGAAGAUGAGUUCGAUCGUUGCAUGAGGGAGUUCGAGGAGAAGAUAGGCACGACUUAUCGAGUCGGCCUGGAUGGGAGUAAAGAAAUUAGAGGCUCUCCCAGACCAAAGGGCGACUACACUCCCAAAGGGUGGAGAGCUCUUCCGCUGAAAGAAAGAGAUGUCAUCAUCAGAAGAGAAAAGUUGAGAGAAGAACCAAAGUGGGAAGAGCACUUCUACGACUUCAACAUCGGGAAGAUCGCUGAACAUGAUCGCCAUGAGGAGCACAAGUAUCCAGAUCGUACGAAUGCGGUCAACGUCGAUGCAGUGGACGGGGCAGCACGCGUUAUUGACGUGGUCGUCAUGACACACCUCAAGGCGCGCUACAAGUCCUUCUAUACUUCAUGGUCGACAUGGAUGCGACAGAGUACAAGGAGAGUCAUCAAUCAAGGUACCAUACAUGAAUUCGAUAGCUACUAUCCUCACCUCGGGACGGACAAACAUGGCCUUCUGAAACCUCGAAGAGAAGAAGACAUGAAAGCUUGGUUUGAGAAGAAGAAGUCCAGUGAGGGAGAAGUCGGAGGAAGAAAUGAGGAAGCAUACUUGCGAGGAACAAUUGGCACGCGAAUCAUGUGCAGAUUGAUGAAACAUCUGGUCGAGACGGGCAUGAAACCUGCGAGCUUCACCACAAUGGUCGCCGACAAUCCCGACAUGAGGAUCACCUACACAUCACACGCAGUGAUCAAGAAGGUCAGAACCUAUUCCGGAUCGUUGACGCUGGCGAAUCAAGACCUACUGCUGCCAGAUCAACUUUUGGAACAACAUGAAGCGAAACAGCAAGCGGCCAUUAAGAGUGAGCGUCAGAUGACCGCUCAAACUGCACAUCUUGAUCAAGAGGAAAAGGGCGCUGCGCUUUGGCACUGGGUGACUGCGGAUCCUUACGGGAACUUUAUCAUCAAGGACAUCAGA